AUGACGAGAAAAAAUAGUUUUGCAAUCCAAGAUGUGAUUGAAGUGACUAGAUUCAGCAAGCUUAUACGAUUACUACGCGUCAAAGCUUACGUCUUGCGAUUUAUACGUAAUUGUAGAACAGUAAGCCGGUCAAGAAACAGUGGUUCCAUAACACUACAAGAACUUGAGAAUGCAGAAAUGUUACUUAUUCGACAGUGUCAACAGAAUUUCUACAGUGAGGAAUUAUCUAAUCUACAGUCCGGAAAAUCACGGUUACUGGUUAAAUAUUGGAUUCCAACAAUACGUCAAUGUGUAAAAUCACUACUUAGAAAGUGCACAAUAUGCCUUGCUCCAGAUCCACCAUCAUUACCAACAUACAGAGUGAAAAAUUCAUCACCUUUUGCUGUGACAGGGAUUGACUUCAGUGGAGCACUUUACGUCCGUGGAGAGUCCGGCCGAGAGUCCAAGACAUAUGUGUGUCUUUUUACAUGUGCGGCUACCAGAGCAGUACACCUUGAACUCGUGCAUGAUCUCACAGACGAUUCAUUUAUGCAAGCGUUUCGGAGAUUCGUUAGCAGACGAUCAUUCCCAAGGCUGAUAAUAUCUGACAACGCAACAACCUAUCAUGCAGCGUCUAAUACACUGAAUAAAAUGUUCGAAUCCCAGACAUUGAAAGACCAACUCAAUAGUACAGGCACAGAGUGGCGAUUCAUCCCAAAUCGCUCACCAUGGUUUGGCGGAUGGUGGGAAAGAAUGAUUGGACUUGUUAAAACCACACUUAAGAAGGUACUUGCUCGGUCAUUCGUAACUUACGGAUCCCUGCAGACGAUACUUACAGAAAUCGAAGCCGUUCUUAAUGACCGUCCUCUGACAUACGUUACAUCCGAUACUUCAGACCCAGAACCGCUUACCCCUCCGCAUUUACUAUAUGGUCGAAGGAUAACGACUCCGGGGGAUUACUCAGCUAUUCAGAACGUAAACAGUAACCACAACACAGCAAAUAAACAGGUUCGAAUCCAGCGAGAGUUACUCAACCGAUUUUGGGAGAGAUGGAAGACUGAUUAUCUUACGUCAUUACGUGAACGACACACGCAAAGCGGUCAAAACAAGCAGACGAUAAAAGUUGGUGACGUGGUACAGGUGCAUGAAGACUGUCCUCGAUUACGAUGGAAACUUGCCGUGGUGGAGGAACUGAUGCCGGGUAAAAAUGGUUUAACCAGAUCAGCCAUGAUCCGUACCGGAAGUGGUCUUACAACACGAGCUAUUAAGAAACUUUACCCACUUGAGCUGAAUGAAAAUGAGAGACAGUAA